GAUACAUGUACACAUGCAUUCCCAAUGCGUCUCUUGAGUUUGUAGUACUUACUUAGUCUGAUAUAAUUUUGAUAAGCUACACGUUUAAAAAGAUGGCAACUAACGACGAGGAAAUUCAGAUAAAACAGAGACAGAUCAGCAUCCGAGGUAUCGCUCCAUUAGAGUGCGUGAAUAACAUCAAGAACAACUUCAACAAACAUCUUCACUUCACGCUGGUCAAAGAUCGCCAGAAUGCGACGAUGCGGGAUUACUUCUUUGCCCUUGCUCACACUGUCAAGGACCAGGUGUGCGGGCGAUGGAUCCGCACCCAUCAACACUACCAUAAAACGGACUCCAAGAAAAUCUACUACCUGUCUAUGGAGUUCUACAUGGGUAGGGCAUUGACCAACACAAUGGUGAACAUAGGGAUAAACAACGAAUGUGAGGAGGCCAUGUACCAGCUUGGGCUAGAUAUGGAAGAGUUAGAAAGCAUGGAGGAAGACGCGGGGUUGGGCAACGGAGGGCUGGGGAGACUAGCAGCGUGCUUUCUGGAUUCCAUGGCCACUCUGGGUAUGCCGGCGUACGGUUAUGGUAUAAGGUACGACUACGGGAUUUUUGAACAGAGAGUCCGCGGGGGUUGGCAGGUGGAAGAACCGGACGAAUGGCUGCGCUAUGGAAACCCCUGGGAACAGCCUCGUCCCGAGUACGUUUUACAUGUCCAAUUUUACGGGAGAAUUGAACAGAAUGAGAACGGCGUGAAGUGGGUGGACUAUCAGACCGUCUGUGCUUUGCCUUAUGAUACGCCGAUACCGGGAUAUGGUAACAACACCAUCAAUAUCAUGAGGCUGUGGUCGGCGAAAGCCCCAAAUAGCUUCAACCUGAAAUUCUUUAACAACGGUUCCUAUCUCCAAGCUGUACACGACAGAUACCUGGCGGAAAACAUCACACGAGUUUUGUAUCCCAACGAUUCUAUGUUUGAGGGCCGUGAGUUGAGGCUAAAACAAGAGUAUUUCUUGGUAUCGGCAUCUCUCCAGGACAUCAUCAGAAGAUACAAAGGCGGGAAGAACUUUGAUUACCAGAGGGUGUCUUUUACCGCCUUUUCUGAUAAGGCUGCUAUUCAGUUGAAUGACACUCACCCUGCACUAGCAAUACCAGAGUUGAUGAGGAUCCUAGUGGAUGAUGAAGGGCUUGUUUGGGAAGAGGCAUGGAAGAUAGUGAUUGAUACUUGUGCCUAUACCAAUCACACUGUUCUUCCAGAGGCUCUUGAGAGGUGGCCGGUUUCAUUGUUGGAGAAGCUUCUUCCUAGGCAUCUUCAAAUCAUUUUUAUGAUCAAUCAUAUCUUCUUGAACGACGUGGAAAAGAAAUGGCCUGGAGACAUGGAUCGAAAAAGAAGGAUGUCCAUGGUUGAAGAGGGUAAUGAAAAAUCCAUCAACAUGGCCCAUCUGUGCAUUGUAGGAUCUCACGCUGUGAACGGUGUAGCAAAAAUACAUUCAGAAAUACUAAAGACCAGCACCUUCAAAGAUUUCUACGAGAUGUAUCCCGAAAGAUUCCAAAACAAGACUAAUGGAAUUACCCCGCGUCGAUGGCUGUUGAUGUGUAAUCCAAGUUUAGCUGCUCUUAUAACAGAGAGGAUUCAGGGACAUUGGGUCACACACCUAGAUUUUUUAAGAAACCUUGAACCGUUGACCUCGGAUGAAGCUUUUCUAAGAAGCUUGAUCCGGGUCAAACAGGAGAACAAACAAAAGUUGGCCUGCUAUAUCGAAAAGGAAUUCAAGGUUUCCGUCAACCCCGCUUCCAUGUUUGACGUGCAAGUCAAGCGAAUUCACGAAUACAAACGACAACUGUUGAACUGUCUCCAUAUCAUUACUAUGUACAAUGAGAUCAAGAAAAACAACCCGAACAACUUUGUUCCUCGUACCGUGAUGAUAGGAGGAAAAGCCGCCCCUGGUUAUUACAUGGCUAAGCUCAUCAUCAAGCUGGUCAACAGCAUUGCAAAUAUCGUCAACAACGAUCCUGACGUUGGGGAUAAAUUGAAGGUUGUCUUCCUGGAGAACUACAGAGUUAGCCUGGCCGAGAAGAUUGUUCCAGCAGCUGACCUUAGCGAGCAGAUCUCGCUGGCCGGAACUGAGGCGUCCGGAACCGGAAAUAUGAAGUUCAUGUUGAACGGAGCUCUUACUAUUGGGACACUAGAUGGUGCUAACGUAGAAAUGCGGGAAGAGGUUGGUGCGGACAAUUUUUUCUUGUUUGGAAUGACUGUUGAGGAGGUGGAGAAACUCUGGCAAGACGGCUACUACCCCAGGAAGUUUUAUGAGGAAAAUGCCAACCUUAGGGAAGCGAUCGACCAAAUUAAUAGCGGCUUCUUCUCUCCGGAGGAUCCUACGCUAUUCCGGGAUAUCUUUAAUACAUUGAUGCACAAUGACAGAUACUGUUUGCUGAAAGAUUACAGUUCGUAUAUAGAAUGUCAGCGCCGAGUCAGUGAGCUGUACCAGAAUCCCAUGGAAUGGGCGCGUAUGUGUCUGCGCAAUAUCGCAGCUUCCGGUAAAUUCUCCAGCGACCGUACCAUAACGGAAUACGCAACAGAAAUCUGGGGAGUGGGUCCAUCGGGGGUCAAACUUUUGGCACCCCACGAGGAAUCACAUGAACCAAAGGCCUGAUUUUUUUUUCUUAAGAAACACAAAUCUGACUCUUUGAAAAGCAUUUUCAUUUGCUUUUUCAUUUGUAACAUAAUUUUUAGAAAUAAAAUAAAGCAUGCUGAAACUUUUAUAGAGCAAAUUUAUCUAUUGUUUUCAAACAUCAACGUAAUAUACAGAAAGCAGUUUCAACAUAUUACAUAAUGCAACACAAAAGGAAAAUGAAAUGCAAAGUUAAAUGAAUUGCAUUUUAAAAUGUCUAUCUAAUCAACAUCUUGUUAAAAUCACCAGCUUCUGUUAAUGUAAUGAUACACACAUGGAGCAAAAGCUUAUCAACUGUACAUAGAAUUCAACAGGUGUAGAGGAAAAUGAGAUUUCUUUUAACCCCACCCACCCCUUCCAGAAAAAUAUGACGGCUCAUAAAGUACUAAUAUUUCAACAAAACCCCCAAAAGAAUUAUUGUUCACAAGUUUGACAGAAUUAUAGUUGAAUUAAAACAUCUUUUCAAAAUGACCUCAUUUACAAUUUAUUGUAGGAAUUGAAUCAAAAAAUGUAUUUUUUUUCUGUUGUACACAUUUUGUGCGAUAUUUACAUCUCAUCAGCGACAAUUAAUUUUUAGUCAAUAUACACAGCAAAUUAAAAAGUUCUAGAUUAUCAAUAUUUGUCAAAUGUUUUAGAUCUCAAGUUCUUAAAAAAAUAUACUAUAGUACAGGAAGGGAAAAUAAGAAAUAUUUAAAACGUUACAAUCUUUCGAAGUGAGAGUGGACAUGAAAAAUGGCACACAUUUCAACAAUGCUGUUAAAAAAAUGUCUAAAACUAAAAACAUAAGGUCCCUAACAUUAGCAAAAAAAAUCAGAUACAUAUUCAAUAUUAAUUGUGGAGAAAACAAUGGUUAUCACACAUUAAUACAAAUAAUAUCACAAAUAUCUAUGUUUGAUAAAAAUUGUGUUGGUCACUUCUAAAUUGAUAUAAACUGCGAUACUAAUUACACAUUAACUAUAAAUCUAUAUCACACUUCUGUAUACUGUAAAACAUAUUACAUUUAGCUGUGUAUUCUAUUUGGUGUUUUUGACAGAAAGCGGGUUAUCAAAUCAAGUACAUGUACGUGGCUAAAUGAAAUGGAUAUAAAUAAAUUGGUGCAUCCAGAAAUACACUCAUUCAAAUCCACACCAACUUGUUGAAAAAUUAAUUUCCACUAAAUAUUGUACAUGUCAAAUAUGAUAUGUUUACAGUAUUCUCACUGGCUUUAUUUUUUUCCAAAAUUUCUUUGGGGCAUUGCACUUUAUAAUAGAGACAGACGUUUAGUAUUAACUUUCGGAGGGUCACCAGGAAAGAGUUUCGAAGUCUAUACAUGUGUAAACAUGACCUAUCACUGUUCUUGUGAGAAGCCAAGUACACAUGUUCAUCAUUCAUAACCAAAAGAAAAUAAAAACAAAAAAAUAAUCUAAUAAUAAUGAAACAAAAAAAAAAUCUGCAUUGAUAAUUGCAAACUUUUGCCAUCGAAGGACAAAUUGUACACAACAUUUUAGUGUUGUGUGAAUUGAGGGAAAACAGAAAGUGAAACAAACAUACCGGUAUGUGAGGGUUUAAAAUCAUCACAGUAUAUAUACAAAAUAUAAUUUAAAAAUUUUUGAGGAAAAGCAUGCACUAAAAAAUGUUUAUUUAAAAAAAAAUUUCAUUUUGGAAUUACAUAUUUUAAAACUAAUAAGAGUCUUGAUUCCAACAUUUAAUAUCUACAUGAAACUCAACAAAGACCACACCAAUCAUUGUUCAUUUUGCUUGUGAAUAAAGACAAAUGGACCAUUAAAACUAUUAGAGUUGCAUUGAUUGUGCUGACUUCAGUAAAACUACAAAAUAUUCUAUGAAAAAUCAGUUCAAUCAAGAGAACUGAAGAAAAAAAAAAUUACUGAACUUGAAUGAACUGAAAAAAAAAAAAAACACAAAAAAGAAAAAAAAAAACUCCUGAAGAAAA